AUGGCAUCAUGUGAGAAUAAUGAUACAAAUUUAGUAGAUAUUGAUUUGGAGGCCUUCGAAAUUGAUGUAAAUCUCUUAAGAGAAUUGCUUGAAGAAGAAGAGGGGAAGGGUGCAAAAGAUAAUGGCAUCAAGGAAUGUAUAGCAGAAUCCCUAGAGGAAACCAGAAAUGUUAAUCCUAGUGUGAUGAAUGAGGAGAAAGAGGGGCAGCAACAAAUUUGUUUGGAGAAGAAUGAGUGUCAUUAUGUUCAUGAUUUUGAGUGGCUGAAUACGAUGGAUUUGAUGGAGCCAACCAAUCCAUUAGAUGAAGUGAUGACAAUGAAUUGGUUUUCAGAUGACAAUGGGAAGUUUGAUUUUGAUUUUGGUUAUGCUAAUGGAGAAUGCUACCCUCAAAUUUGCGAUGGUGUUGUCUCCAAUGACUCAAAUUAUGGUCGUUUGUGGGGAGAUUGUUGA